GUUGGUGGGUGGGGAGUUCGACAUGGAGCUGAACUUUGUAAUCCAGGAUGCGCAGAAUAUACAACAUAUGUUAGAACUGCUCGACCACUGCCCGCCGAGCCUACAGGCGGAGAUAUGGUCGGUGUUCAUCGCGAUACUCCGCAAGAGCGUACGCAACUUGCAGGCGUGCACAGACGUAGGGCUCAUACACCACGUGCUGCAGCGCCUGCCGCGCGCGGAGACUGUCGUCGCCGACCUCCUGAUUGAGAUGCUUGGGGUGCUGGCCAGUUACAGCGUCACAGUGAAGGAGUUGAAACAGCUCUUCAACGCGAUGAAGGCUGUCAACGGAAAAUGGCCUCGCCAUUCAGCUAAACUGCUAAACGUACUCAGACAGAUGCCUCAUAGAAACGGCCCUGAUGUGUUCUUCAGCUUUCCCGGCAGAAAGGGUUCUGCCGUAGUACUGCCCCCGUUAGCAAGGUGGCCAUAUGAGAAUGGGUUCACAUUCACCACGUGGUUCCGGCUCGACCCCAUCAACUCGGUCAACAUUGAAAGAGAAAAGCCCUACCUUUACUGCUUCAAAACGAGUAAAGGCGUUGGAUACACGGCUCACUUCGUUGGCAAUUGUCUUGUGCUAACUUCAAUGAAAGUCCGUGGGAAGGGCUUUCAGCAUUGCGUCAAAUAUGAAUUCCAACCUAGAAGGUGGUAUGCGAUAGCAGUCGUGUACAUAUACAACAGAUGGACGAAAAGUGAGAUCAAAUGUCUGGUGAACGGACAGCUCGCCUCCAGUACGGAAAUGGCCUGGUUCGUGUCUACUAAUGACCCGUUCGACAAGUGCUACAUCGGUGCUACCGCGGAGUUGGAUGAGGAGCGGGUGUUCUGCGGACAAAUGGCGGCCAUAUACCUGUUCGGAGAGGCACUCACCACGCACCAGAUCUGCGCUAUGCACAGGCUCGGACCAGGCUAUAAGGUACUAUACGACGGCAAACUUUCGUCGGCGAUAGUCUUCAUGUACAACCCCGUGGCUACAGAUGGACAACUAUGUUUACAAUCGGCGCCCAAAGGAAAUGUUUCAUACUUCGUUCACACACCCCAUGCUUUAAUGCUGCAGGAAGUGAAGGCGGUGGUCACACAUUCAAUUCACAGCGCCUUGAAUUCAAUAGGCGGGGUUCAAGUUUUGUUCCCGUUGUUCGCGCAACUUGACCUACCCCAUGACGCGCCCGCGUCGGAACCAAAGAGAGACCCCAUGUUGUGUUCAAAGCUCCUCGGCUUCGUAUGUUCAUUGGUGGAAUCAUGCAGCACGGUGCAACAGCACAUGCUGCAAUGUCGUGGGUUCCUGGUGAUCUCGCACAUGAUGCAGCGGUGCAGUCGGGAUCACCUCACACCGGACACGCUCGCUUCGUUCUUACAUCUGACGAAACAUCUAGUGACGUGUUGCUCCCCUAAUUCUGAUCUCCUAUUAAAACAGCUCCUAGAUCAUAUAUUAUUCAACCCGGCGCUAUGGAUCCACACACCAGCGGCUGUGCAGGCGAGGCUCUACUGUUAUUUGGCUACUGAUUUCCUCGCCGAUGCUCACAUAUACGGCAGCGUCAGAAGGGUUAGCACAGUCUUACAGACUGUACACACGCUGAAGUUUUACUACUGGGUCGUGAAUCCUAGAACGAAGAGUGGCAUCACACCUAAAGGGAUAGAAGGGCCACGCCCCGCUCACAAGGACAUACUAACAAUACGCGCCUAUAUCCUCCUCUUUCUAAAACAACUUAUCAUGAUCGGCAACGGCGUGAAAGAGGACGAACUACAGUCGAUACUCAACUAUUUAACUACUAUGCAUGAGGAUGAAAACUUGCAUGACGUUUUACAAAUGUUGAUCUCACUAAUGUCAGAACAUCCGAGCUCAAUGGUGCCUGCAUUCGACGCAAAAGGUGGUGUCAGAACAAUUUUCAAAUUGCUGUCUUCAGAGAGUCAGCUCAUAAGACUGCAAGCAUUAAAACUUCUAGGUUUCUUCCUUAGUAGAAGUACACACAAACGCAAAUACGACGUGAUGUCGCCGCACAACUUGUACACGUUGCUGGCGACGAGGCUGGGCGCGAGCGGUGAGGGACUGGCGCUGCCGGUGUACAACGCGCUGUACGAGCUGCUCACCGAGCACGUGGGACAGCAGAUCCUCUACACCAGCCAUCCCGAGCCACAGCCACACUUCCGAUUGGAGAAUCCUAUGAUCCUGAAAGUGGUGGCGACGCUGAUUAGACAAUCGAAACAAACGGAACAGCUGCUGGAGGUGAAGAAGCUGUUCCUGUCAGACAUGACGCUGCUUUGCAGCAAUAACCGCGAGAAUAGGCGCACCGUGCUACAAAUGUCCGUCUGGCAGGAAUGGCUGAUAGCGAUGGCAUAUAUCCAUCCUAAAAAUGCGGAAGAGCAAAAGAUCUCCGACAUGGUGUAUUCACUGUUCCGUAUGCUGCUGCACCACGCCAUCAAACAUGAGUACGGCGGCUGGCGAGUGUGGGUCGACACACUGGCAAUAGUGCACUCUAAGGUAUCGUACGAGGAAUUCAAGCUGCAAUUCGCUCAAAUGUAUGAGCACUACGAGCAGCGGCGGGCCGACAAUAUCACCGACCCCGCCGAGAGACAGCAGCGACCCAUCUCCACUAUAUCAGGCUGGGACCGCCCAUCCGCCCCUGCCCCUGCCCCCACCCCUUCCGCCGGGCUCGAUCACGCAGCCCAGACGGAGAUCGGCCGCGGCCUGUCAUUGCGGGAGGUGCAGCCCUGCGACUGCCGCACUGACCAGGACGGACGGGCUACUGCCGUGUAUGGACAACUGUGUAAAGUGCACAUCGCGCAACCUUGUACGGAUACUACCCCACCCGCGGAGACGGCCGGACGACUUGAACACGCGGUUGACGAGGACGCAGAUGAUGAACUCGCUGAUUCAAUCAUAAACGAAAACAGGUUCCUUGAAAGCUCCGAGUCAGGCAUUGCGACCGUCGACAGCUCCGAGCGGACCGAUAAGUUGCCCACCAGACGAGGCAGCCUCGACUACAUCCCAGUAAGGGACACCGGCGAUGACGUCGCCAAAGAUGACUGCACUGACAGGAGCGAAGGCAUCCCUUCAAGUCUGUCUGCCAGCGAGACCGCUAGUCCUGAGCGGAACGCGGAGACGAACGUAGCAGAGCGCGAGGCCGAGCUGUCUGACCCCUCCGACUUGUACCUGACUCCCAGCGAACCUGCCAGUCCCCGCCCCCGGCCGCGCCCUGAUCCCGAGGAUUUAGCCCUCGACAUCGUUAACGACGUGCUCGCAGUCGCGUUGGAAACCGUCCGUGCGAAGACCGACGACGACCCCGACUCCGGAGCGAUAUCUGGCUUUUUACAUUCCGAGGGCGACACGCCAAACGGCCGCGACGAUCUCGAGCAGGAAGUAGAGGAAGUGAUUACCGAGAAACAAGCUGCUGAAUUAGUCGCCAGCGAAAUUUUGAACGAAAUAGUCACGAAAGUCAUCUCGCCCAACGAGAUAGUCACGGACGUCGUCUCGAAAGAUGAGAUAGUCGCAGACGUCAUAUUGAUAAACGAAGAGGAAGAAAAGAAAGAUUGCGAAGCCAUUAAAAAUGAGCAGGAAGAUAGUGGGCAGAGGGUGCUGCCGUCAGAUCACACGCACGAGGGCAACGUUCUCCCUCUCGACGGCGAAUUUCUGGUCGAUCCGAGAGACGAUGCAGUUGCCGAGCUUGAAUCGACACAGACCGAUGAAAUCGCCGACGGGAACGCGAAGAAUGCGACAAAAAUAGAAGGCGCCCCAAACCGAGAUGAACCAAAAAUACCGGAGAUUCCACCUAUUGCGACCAUCAGCGAGAACAUCUCGCUGGCGAACGAAACUGAACGGCCCGUCGAUGACCGGAGCAGGGAUAACGAGCGAGACAAACGGCGCGUGAGUCUCCCCGGCGAUGGUGAAAUGAAGCAGGAUGGCACUAGGAGCGAGGGCGUCGCUACGCAGGGGACCAACACCAACGCAUCACCGAAGAGGCCCAGAAGCGCCUCCACCAGCACGCAAGUGGACUCUAACCAUUUUGAAACAAAACGACCGUCGAAGUGUUCUCGAGCAAUGUUCUCGCCGGGUCCGACACGUCCGCCAUUCCGGAUACCGGAAUUCCGAUGGUCUUAUAUACACCAAAGACUAUUAUCAGACGUUUUGUUCUCACUAGAAACGGACAUACAGGUGUGGCGUAGUCACUCUACGAAAUCAGUAAUAGAUUUCGUGAACAGCAGCGAGAAUGCAAUUUUUGUUGUGAACACUGUACACCUCAUAAGCCAACUUGCCGACAAUCUAAUCAUCGCAUGCGGCGGUCUCUUGCCCUUGUUGGCUUCUGCGACUUCACCCAAUAAUGAACUCGAUGUAAUAGAACCGACUCAAGGCAUGCCGGUAGAAGUGGCAGUUACUUUUCUACAAAGGCUAGUCAGUAUGGCGGACGUCCUUAUAUUCGCUAGUGCCCUGAACUUCGCUGAAUUGGAAGCUGAGAAAAAUAUGUCCAGCGGUGGAAUACUGAGGCAGUGUCUCAGACUGGUGUGCACGUGUGCGGUGCGCAAUUGUCUCGAGUGCAAGGAGCGACAGCGCUACGCCGCCGCGCGCGCCGCCCGCUCCAGCGACGAGCCCGACCCCAAGAGUGUGGUGGCGAGUCUCGCAGAUGCUUCGAGUCCUGUCAAAGACCCCGAGAGGUUACUUCAAGAUAUGGACGUAAAUAGGCUUCGAGCUGUGAUUUAUAGAGACGUUGAGGAGACGAAACAAGCCCAGUUCUUAUCACUGGCUAUCGUGUACUUCAUAUCUGUGCUGAUGGUGUCCAAAUACCGCGACAUCCUGGAGCCGCCUGCGCACGCGCCUCCCGACUGCGCGCGCCGCGUUCAACACCCGCAUGACCACCACGGCAGCCGUCCCCUGUUCCCCCAGUGGUCGCAUCACGUGUAUCCCCAGUUCCUGCCUGGUGGGCAUCCGGCUCACCGCCACCCACACACACACUGCAAGCUCGACUGCAGCCAACACGUUAACAAUAACACGCACGCGCACACACGCAUCGCUAACUACCACCGCGCUCACGCAGAGCACAACGGUGAUGACGUCGAGUACGCGAUGAUCGUCGUCGACGAGAAUAAUUCUACUAUUAACGAUUUGGAUUCACCAUCCAUGAAGGAGGGUGAUAAAGAAGAGGGAGUCGCGAAAAUUGAGACGACGACAGAUGAACUCAAACCCGUGCAAGAGAAGAAGGAAGAGAAACAGGAGAGUCCCGCGCCAGAGAUAGAGGAACCACUAUACAAGUCAAGUCUCCGCAUCAAAUCAAAACCCAAGAGCGUGGAUUCUAUCGAGGACGCUGGUUCCUUCCACCUGAACUCUACGGAGACCACAAAUAACGACCCGGAGACGUCCAGCGAGAUCGCCAUGGAUGACAACAAACAUCCGGACGGUGAACGCGGUCCAGCCACUAUCACAGGCAGAAGCAGAGAUCACGAAGGCAAUAUUAGUGAAGAUAUAGACAAACAAAUUCACAUGAGGAACUCUGAGCAACACCACCAUCUACAACAGAGGCAUCAGAACCGGAAUCUCCAACCUGCUCAAAGACAUUUACACCCAGACAGCGAAACCUUAGCUGGUCUCAGUGCAAUGACGUCUAUAGCCAGUGAUGGCGCUUCUAGAGAAGCGUCGUUGACUCACAAACUGGAGACCGCACUUGGUCCAGUCUGUCCACUUCUGAGGGAGAUCAUGUUGGACUUCGCGCCAUUCCUCUCCAAGACACUCGUCGGAAGCCACGGACAGGAACUGUUGAUGGAGGGUAAAGGUCUCCAAACCUUCAAAUCGAGCACGUCAGUGGUGGAACUGGUGAUGCUUCUCUGCUCGCAAGAGUGGCAGAACUCAUUGCAAAAACACGCGGGUCUCGCGUUCAUAGAGUUGAUCAACGAGGGUAGACUGCUAUCGCACGCGAUGCGUGACCACAUAGUGAGGGUGGCCAAUGAGGCAGAAUUCAUACUAAACAGAAUGAGGGCCGACGAUGUACUGAAACAUGCUGACUUUGAGUGUCUUUGCGCGACGACAAGCGCGGAACGUCUGGAAGAGGAGCGCACGUGUGAGCGAUUGAUCGCGGCAGCCAGGCGACGAGACGCCGCCGCCGCCGCCAGACUACUCGAUAAGCUCAAGCACGCCGCCACGCAUGCACAUCCACAUCCUGGGUAA